GCGAUGAGAGGUUGCCUGGUAGUUGUGCUCGGUGCGGUGGCGUGCAUUCGUGGGGUGGCGGGCUAUAAGAUCAUCCAAGACAGUCUAAGUCUUCACAACUGCAACAAAGGUGUCAUCAACGCAGAAGGGAGGAUUUCGAAUGGAUUGUGCGUUAACUUCAAGCUCAAGGAGCCCGUGCCCCCCACCUCCAAGGUAUUGAUCAAAGCCUACCGUAAGGUCAACAACAACUUCGUCUUCAGCGGCAUCAGUAUCAAGACCACCCUUCGAGAGGUGCUCGGCUUGAAAAGCUUCGACCUGGACAGCCUCUUCAAUAAGUGCUUCAAACCGGUGGCGAAGUGGCCGCUCGUUGUCGGCACCGACUACCGAUGCGACGGCUGGAGCCCGGACGUCACCAAGUUCCCGCCGGCGCUUCCGGCGGGCGAGUGGAAAACGGAGCUGGGCUUCAUGUAUCCUAACGGCACCACGUUCGUCGACGUCCACUGGCUUGUAAGGAUCGUAAAUUGAGAUU